GCCUCUCCUCUUCUCUCAACUCUCCUCAAACGCUGGAGGAGUCCGAGCUCAAUAUUUUGCUCUAUAGUUGUUGUCGAACACUCCUGCGCUCUAAUUUCUCUCUUCCCCCCUCUCCUGCAUCCCCCACCCACUACCACCAGCGCCUCGUUAACCAAGUGUUGGAUAACCUACACCUUCUGCUCUCUUUUCCCUCCCCUCUACAAGCUCCAACUCCCCGCCUUUACUUUUUCGACCACCACCACACGCUCUUAGCGACCUUAUCCUCAUAACUUGUAAAACUUGUCCUGCCUGGUAACUGGCUCAUACCUGGACUUCGGAAGGGGAUUACUUAGACAUCCUCUAUUAUCAAUCAUGUAAGUAUUUCACCACCGUAUCCCUUUCCAUCGCACGCUCCACUCGAUCUCAGAUAACUAACUACUGUUUCUCUGCUGUUUCCUGCCAGCGAAAUGGUGCGAGAAAAGAGAAUUCUGCGAAGCAGCAAGGGAGUCGACAAUAGUGUUGCUAUCCUCUUUGAGGCCAUAGGUGUCAAGUGUAAGCCGUAUCCGGUCGUUACGGCUGGAUCCAAGGACCCGUAUCCAGGGUGGUUCGGGACUGCUAGGAAGCCGCUCAGCGACGCACCGAAAGGGUGCACAAAGGCCGAGAUCGAUUCGGACCUCGCGAAGAUGCGGGUUCAGGUAGGUAGCAUACUUCUCAUCACCAUCACCAACACCAAACUAACAGUGUUAAGCUUCACAGCCCCCCUGUGAGGAUUGUCCAACACGAGAAGACUGCAGAGGUCCUUGAGUUUAUCAGGGCCGCCUUUCCCGCCGGCGCAAAGCAACUCAACGCUGCUGUAAAGACAGCAGCCUCUGGAGGCAGAAUCACCAAAAAACCGCCUGUCCUGAAGAAACCGAAGUCUUUUAAGGCUCCUAAAGCUUCCGUGUCGGCGGAAGGUGCCAAGAUGCCAGCGACCCUGAACCGCCCGAAGCCAGUCAAUGCUGCAAGGGCACCGAGUCCAGCGAAGGCAACAGUCAAGGAGCCCCAGCCACCCGUUAGACGGUCGCCCAGAAUCAGGAAUUCUCCAAAGGUCUCUUACUAAGGUUUUCUGGAUUACGGGAUUGGCAAGCAAGCAUUUCGUGGCAUGCAUUCCUACCCUUCGAUUGCGCUUUUUGCUUUUCUUUUCUUUUCUCGCAAGGCGCAUGGGGCGAAUUGGGUUCUUUCUCUUGAUUUUACCUGCUUCUGUGUUUGAGGAUAUUGCAUUUUUCAAGGAGGGGGUUGCUUGGUAUAAAUUUGAGGGUUACCACUGGCGGUUAGAUUAGAGCUUGUACAAUUAAGUGUUUCAAUUUUCAUGUAUUUCAAAAAAAAGUUAGAUUAGUUUUCACUGGUUAUUCCCAGCCUUUGGCUCGUUGGUGCUGUCUAUAUGGUAUAAUACUUAUACAACUUUAUACGAAUACGGGCCUCGAGAAACAUAAAAGAAGGAUACGAGUCACGACUCAUGAUGGAAAAUUCUACAAGCUUUCUGGGCCCGUACUCGAGUAUGCGAGGAGUCUAGGCUGUAUAACUUUACACUAUCUGUACUUACUUAAUAUAUCACAAACGGGUUUGGUGCUUUG